AUGCACUCAUAUGUGGUCUGGUCUGGAGAUCUCCCGGUAUGGGCCUCCUUGGCUCUUCUGCUGACUAUUGCCUCGCUUGUGAGCAUUCUAGUGAACAUCGUCUACAAUCUGCUAUAUCAUCCACUAGCCCAUCUUCCUGGACCGAAGCUCGCUGCCAUAAGCAAUGUACCGUAUAGCUACUGGUUCUUAGGCGGUCGCCAGCCAUUCAAAAUCCACGACUUGCACCUAAAGUAUGGUCCCGUUGUGCGAGUAGCUCCGAACGAAGUCUCUUUCAACACCGCGGGAUCUUGGAAAGAUAUCUACGCUAGUCGCGGAACCCAGAAGACAUUCAUCAAAAGCGAAUUCUACGAUGGCGGAAGUUUCGCGGGUCGAGGGGUUCAUUCAAUUGUCAGUGAACGUCAGCCGCAGGUUCACGCAGAGAUGCGGCACUACCUUUCCUCUGCAUUCUCCGAUCGUGCAUUGAACGAGCAGGAGGAUCUGAUUUCGCAGAGUGUUGAUAAGUUUGUGGAAUUGCUGCCUAAGCAAUCAGAUGACUGGGACUUAACCAAAGGCUAUGAGAUGCUCACAUUUGAUAUCAUCGGGGAUUUGGCAUUUGGGGAGUCCUUUGGCGCCAUAGAAAGCGCCGAGCCACACCCUUGGAUCGCGAUCAUCCUCGGGGCGCUCAAGCAGGGCGCUUUAGUAGAUGUUUUCAAGCGGUUUCCCACAGCUGGGAUAAUUCUGACGGUCCUCCUACAUUAUCAGAUCAAGAAGUUAACGGCAGACACAGGGUCAAAUGAAGAAAUGGCCAUAGAUCUUGUUGAGCGGCGCAUUGCACGCGAGUCUUCGAGAAAAGACUUUCUGACGCGGCUUCUCGAAGACCGAGUCGAGAAGGGGGUUUCCGUUUUGCAGCUCGCAGCCCAUACUUCUGAUUUCGUUAUUGCCGGGUCUGAAACUACAGCUACUGCACUGGCGACAAUGACGUACUACCUGCUCCGUAAUCCCGAGAUCAUGAUGAAACUACAGGAAGAGAUACGAUCGAGCUUCACCAGCUAUAAUGAGAUUACUGGUAAAUCUACUCAGCGUCUUAAAUACCUGAAAGCAGUGAUGCUAGAAGCGAUGAGAAUCUAUCCCCCGUUGCCUUUCGCUCUCCCACGAGUGGUUCCUUCUCCCGGCGAGUUAGUUGAUGGCACUUUUCUUCCAGGAGGAACCAUAGUAUACACAAGCCCAUACUCUGCAUCUAUGGAUCCAGCGAAUUUUGAGACCCCUACGCAGUUCAUACCUGAAAGAUGGUUGGGAGGCAACACGCAGGACAUCCUCGACGCGACACAACCCUUUUCUCUCGGGAGUAGAGGAUGCAUGGGCAAGAGUCUCGGGUUGUUGGAACUAAGGCUGAUCAUGUCUAAAAUCAUUUGGAAAUAUGACCUGGAGCUGCUCGAUAAAUCGAUCGAUUGGCAUGCGGACUCUCAAAUGCAGACAUUAUGGCAAAAGCCCAAAAUGAGGGUCAAGGCUCGAGAUAGACUCACAAGCACUGCGUGA